AUGAGCGCCGGCGCCGUGCUCGCGCUCCAGAUCGCCGCGGGGGCCCUCGUGGCGGCGCUUGUCGUCGCGGUCAUAGUCGCCGCCGCCUGGGGCGGCGCGGGGCGCGGCGGCGCCGCGGUGCACGACGGCGACGUCGAGCGGGCGCUCGGGGCCGCCACGGUCACGACGUACGAGCGGGCGGCGGGCGCGCCGCCUGCACCGGAGGGGAAGGCGGCGGACCGCUGCGCCAUCUGCCUGUCGGAGUACGCCGGGGGCGACGAGCCGGUGCGCAUGGUGCCGGCGUGCGGGCACUUCUUCCACGCGGAGUGCGGUGUCGACGGCUGGCUCCGGGCGCGCCGGACGUGCCCGCUCUGCCGCGGCGGGCUUUGGCCGAUGCCGCGGUGCCAGCCCAUGCCACCGCAAGAUGGCGGCGACGCGGUGGCCGUCCCCUAG